AUGACCAAAGGCUGUUACACUUGCCGACGGCGUCGCAUCAUCUGCGAUAAUGGCCUGCCCACCUGUCGGAAGUGUCGCGAUGCAGGGAAGGAAUGUCUCGGCUAUCAGAAGCCAUUGGUCUGGGUGAAAGGUGGCGUGGCGAGUCGCGGCAAGAUGAUGGGGAGGAGCUUUGAUGAAGUGAAUAAAUCGGCGCCUGGGACAAAAAAGCAAGCUCAAGCUCAAGCUUCCCCUGCUGAAACCCUCGCUGCAGUGGCCGGGACUGUUUUUUUCCCGCACGAGUCUUCGUCCGACGCUGAUAGCUCUGCAAGCCAUGUUAGUCCGGAGACUGAUGCUUGGAUUCACGAGACCGUGGAGAACGUUGCCGAAAACGAAGUGGCACGGUCUGUCCCAGAGGAGCCAGAAAUGGGGCUGGUUCACGUUCCUCAAGGUUCACCUCCAGCCGAGUAUAUUCCCACGCCGUGGGGAUUAGUAGAUCCACUGCUCAAGGAUCUAAGCCCAGCUUCAAGGUUUUACAUUUUUCAUUUCAACCACCAUGUCGUGGGCGACUUUUCGCUAUACACUCAGGUCAAAAAUCCCUACCGUGAUCUCCUCGCCGUCGUGGGCAGCUCUGCCGUUCUCGGCCACGGUCUCUCCGCAAUGGGGGCUCUACACUAUUCCCUGCUCUCGGACUGGGACUCCGCCGUGAUGCCAUGGUCCCCCGAUAAUCAACUGGCGAACGGCCAACCGAUGUCUCCCGAGGCGAUUGAAAACGCCAUCAUGCCGGCGGCAUCUCGCCGGCCGUCGUCAAAGGCAUACGAGCAUUUCCUGGAAUACAAGCAGCGCGCCCUCAACCAGUUGGCUAAGGAUCUAUCUAAUCCAAUAAUGCAGAAGGAUGACAGGACUUUGGCUGCCAUUGUCGUUCUUGCUCUCUUGGAUCUGUACGAGUCAGGCAGUGGAGCGUGGAGCUACCACGUUGAGGGUGCCAAAAAUCUCCUUAAAAGCCGACCCGACACUCAGCCAGGACAGAGAAUCAUUGAAGGAUUGGACACUUUCGCUAUUGACGGGUGCUUAAUCAUGGAGAUUAUGGGAUCUACACUAGCCCGUCCCGGCGCCCUCUCCAAGCCCUUCUACUCUUCGUCCAUGGGCCCCGCCAUCCUCAAACGCCUCGAAGAAACGUCCUGGGUCGGCUGUCCAGCCUACCUCCUCGAAGUGAUCUUCUUCGUGCACGCCCUCUGGUACCCGGACUCCGAAUCAAGCACCACAACAACCCCCCAACCCUCAGCGCUCCCAUCCUUCCAACCGGGCCAACCUUUCACACUCGACUCCUUCUCGGCCCUCCUCCAAGGGAUCCGCAACUUCGACCCCAUCUCCUGGGCCGAGGAGAUGCAAGCAUUUUACUUCAUCGAGGAUCUCUCCGCCCGCGUCGCCCUCGCAACGGCCUACCAAGCCGCUGUCUACCUCUACACAAGCCGUGUCCUCUCCCGCACGAGACCGGGCUUCGACCCGCCCUGGACAGACGUCGGACUCCCCUCCGACCACGCCUCCGUCGCAACAGAUCUCAUCACCCAGAUCUGUCUCGUCCCGCACUCAGACCCGCACUUCAAGUGCCUCAUCUGGCCCACCUUCAUCGCAGGCGCGGAAUCCCGUCGCCCCUCACAGCGUGCCCUCAUCCUCGAGAAACUGGGCGCCCUCUACGGCGCCGUGACGAGUGUCAACGUCCGCAACGCGGCUUGGGUACUGCGUCUGAUGUGGCAGAACCAUGAUUUCAAGCACCGUCGGCGCCGCGAGGCUGACUCGGAUCUUCCUUCGGAUGCCGUGGACGAGCAGUUUCUGGAUGGCUCUGACCUGCCAAUUCUGAAUGCUGACGGCGACGAUAAUGAUGAAUAUGAUCACUCCUUUGAUUGGGUUGAAGAGUUGGAUCAGUCGCGUCUGGACUGGCUGUUUAUAUGA